AUGAGCCUUUCUUUAGGUGCUGGUGGCAAUGGUGGCCUCGGAGGUGGAGGUGGGGGGGUGGGCUCAGGUCUGCCUCCUACACCUCCCGGCUACGGAGACGUAGCCGCCUUUAUCAGGACCUUCGAGGGGAAGGUCGCUAGACUUCUCUCACUGGCCGCGAGGUCAGUGAGCACCAUUGCUACUGGUGAGGUGGUUGAUGCUCGGAGGGAUAUGGCCCUUUUUAUACGAUGGCUCGGGGAGGUCCGGUCGCGCUUCCCCUCCCAGGUGCCGCGGGUGAUCUUGACGGCAAGAUACCCCAUCAAGAGAAAUCUCGAGAUUGUCAUGAGGACACCUCCCGAGGGUCAAGAGAAGCGUCAUCGCUUCUUCUUGGGACCCGAGAAGAAUAGAGCUCGUGGCCUCGUCGACUGGCUCAACGCCCUCUCCAACCGGCCUUGGGAACCACCUCGACCGCCAAUGCCAACCCUCGCGCCUACACCAGCUCGGACUUCGUCGACCGCCGCCAGAUCAACCAGGCCUAACUCUUCGACAAACAGGUCGGCGGAUACUGUCAAACGUGUUCCCCGCGAUCAUCCCAUCUGGGGUGUCUUAGGCAUCAUGCAUGGACUCGGCCUGCGACCAGGAACCAAAACGCAAGCCUUUAACCCCGCCUACGAUGACUCCAAGCGUUCAGCCAAAGUCCUCGGACACAAUGGCUUGGCAAUUGGACAGUGGUUCCCCAACCAAUUGUCCGCGAUGUGGCACGGAGGACACGGCGAGUCGAACGCAGGGAUCUCCUACAUGAGAGGGCCUAAUGGAGAACCGGGCCCUGCCCUUUCCAUCAUGAUGGCAGAUAAAUAUAGCGACAUUGACGUCGACCGUGGCGACGACAUCAUUUACUGCGGAAGUAACUCACUCGAGAAUACAUCGAGAAACACUCCCGCAGAUGGCGGACCGCCCGUUCGGGGCAAUGCAGCUCUCUUGGUUUCCAAGGAACGCCAGUCUCCUGUCCGAGUCUUCCGAAAGGCGAAGAAGGGCAACAACGGCUCCGCUUACGCGCCCAAAGUCGGACUGCGCUACGAUGGCCUCUAUGUUGUUGUCGGUUACAGCAAGGCCACAAACGACAAAGGCGGCGUCUAUCACAAAUUCACCCUGAGACGCGGAGAUGGCCAGCCUUCUCUUGAUACUCUCCGAAACAUACCUAGCAGACAGGAGCGGAGAGAUUAUGCAAAGAUUGAUGAAGGAUAUUAA